UACCACAAUCGCGUCAUAGCGCACUGGGCGGCGUCCCAUGAAACCGUCGUAAUUACAAGUUCAACGACAUCCCAUUGAAAUGCGUGUAUUAAGUUUAACACGUGUUUCAAUGGUGUGUCGGCGAACUUGUACUUGUGACGGUUUCAUGAAACGCUGCUCAGGUAUAUUAACUUGCUACUCAAUCCCCUCAGCCAUCAUCACUGCAAGUUGCAAACACUCAUGCAGUAGCUCUCUUGGUCUAACGUACGUAUUCAGAGUCGAAGAUCAAAUUAAGUGUCGUACUUCGUAUUCGAAAACUAUGACAGCUCAGUACAAGAAACUGGAGAAAGGUCUCGACCUGGAGAGUGGAAAUGCAUUAUUAGAUGACUCAGAUACAGACCAAACCUUUAAUAAGGUACCACAAGCUCAGGGUAUUGGGCAGGCACGAUAUGGCCAGCAACCGGAUGACCAUCUUCUAUUUGCUAUCCUCACGGCUGUAUUCUGCAGUACAGUGUUUGGCAUUGCAGCCAUUGCGAAAUCUGUUGAUGUUCGUAAUAGAUGGCUAGUUGGUGACGUCGUAGGAGCUACCCAGUCUUCAAGGGCUGCUAAGCGAUUUUCUGUAUGCAGUCUGGUAUGUGGGGUGCUCUUCUUCUUGACUUCUCUUGGUCUCCUUGUGGCUUUCUACAUGUACACCAUGUCUGCUAUGCAGGAGAUUGAUCACCUGGGACAACCCAGUAACAUGGACCAACUUGAGAUGUUGCAACAGUUACAGAACCAGCAGCAAACACAACUUCGUUAGCUAAAUAUUGGACAACACGUCUAACAACCUUUCACCUUGUACCUGUUAAUUCAGUAACUUAGACCAGCAUAGAUCCUAUUCCCUUCUUAUUGCGGGACUGCACUACUUGCGCCCUCUGUAAAUAAUGCCUAAGCGGUACCCGUUGGUCCCCCAUGAUUCCCUUUUUCUUAUGUUAAUUGAGAGCUGAUUUGAUGAGAUAACCACCUGUCAGUGACCUUGCAGGGAGAUCUAAUCCCUCCUGGUCAAACUAGUGCAGACAGAAUUAAAGACUUUAUUAAAGACCGUUAAACGUCGCUAAAGAGCUGCAUGAAAUAAAGGAAUUUCGUGUAUUCACUGAGCUAGCUCUUUGUUAUGAGAUACGCAAAUGUGAAAACUUACUAUACUUUACGUCAUAAAAGUAAAAGCCCGCCAAAUGUGAAGCGUAUUAUACUUAAUUUACGUCAUAUAAGUAAAAGCCCGCCAUAAUUUUUCCGCAUGAUGUCUGAACGAGCCUUUAUUGUCCAAGCUGUGAAUAUAGCUGCCAACCAUGAUAGACAUUAAAAAAAUGAGUAGCGCUCUCAUAAAAAAUACAUGGAGUCGUAUGAGCUUAAACCCAGAGCACCCCCCCCCCCCACCUUAACAAAAUUACAAAGAAAAGCUUACAAAUGUAUAUAUGCAUGUAGAUAUAUCUGAAUUGUUUUCUCUUUUACAAUAGAACUUGUUAUUAAUUUUGGAGUGUUAUUUUCAUUCUCACGCAGCUUUUUAUCUUGGUAUUUACCAUUGUCUUUCUUAUCUAAUAUAAUUUUUGUAAUGAGUGUUCUAUCUAGAGAUGGACAAAGACUCUUGGAUUACGCUUGAGCAAAACAUCUUUUUAUGAAUAUUAAUAUAUUAUAUUAUUAAGUUUGUUAUUAAGUUUGUUAUAGUAUCUUGAUACCCAAAAUUCAAAUGUAACACGAUCGCAAAAAAUUUCGAAAAAGCAACCCAAGGCUAUUUCAAAAGCCUUGUGGAUUACCUAAUACAGUUUGAGAACAUGAAAACGAGUAUUAUGUAAUCCGAACGUGGUUUUUCUGCACAACGGGCUUUGGAAAUUACCCUCGAAUUAAUAUUUGUGUUAAUAUACCGUGUGGGUCAAACAAAAGUUUUUACUCGGAAAAUUGUAAUUUAUUUUAAAAGUCAGCUAUUAGCGAAAUGUUACCAUACAUGUUUUGAAAGAGUGUUAUAUCCCGAAUCUUUUGGUACCAUUUGUGUGUGGUAUAUGUUCACAUUAAAUAAAUAAAAAUAGAAAAAUAAAUAAUAGUGUGACUGUUAGUGACUGUGAACGUGUUUUGAUAUGGGCGGCAUGGUAAUUUUUUAGGUAUGUUAUUUGGAUCUGCAACGACCGAAUUAAUACCCACAUCCCAAUUGUUUUAUUCAAACAUCACAUAGGCAAGUCGAUUUGUUCACUCAAGCGUGACCACAUAACACAUAAAAAGGAUUUCAAAUGAUUUGGGAUAGUACAGUCUUUCAUAAGAUGUAGAAUAAUUUACUUUUCAUAAAUGAUUUUUUUUAAAUAAUUAGCAUUUUUUUAAGUGUUAACUUUGAUUUGAAUCACACUGUAGUUGCGAUCGUUUCAUGAUUACAUUUUCAAUUGUGUGAAUAAAGGUUGAUAGUUGCUUACAUAAUGAUUGAA